CAAAACCAGAGACCCAAAUUAAAACUGUCGCCACCGAGAUCCCUCUUCGUCGCCUGACGAAAUUUUUCGAAGAAUCUCCGUCGAGUUUGGGAAGAAAGAGAGAUGCCACACAGAACAAGGCCAUUGACGGGACUGUUGCUUUUCACUGGGAUAAACGCUGUUUUGGUGCAAACCAUUACUCCUGUCUAUGACUUCGUCUGCUUCUUGCCUUACUGGGAGAGAAGGAGAGAGCGAAUCCGGAAGGAACGCGAAUCAUUAAACAGUAACACCUCAGCACAUGAACCUACUCAAGCAUCUCUUGGUUGAUGAAUUGCACGAGGAAGGCAUGUGUUAAUGUAUACAUUUUCUCUUUUGUAACAAACCGUUUAUCCUAUGAUUACUGAAUAAUUUGAGAGCACGAGGAAUGCAUGUAUACAUUUCUGCUGGAUGGACAGCUUACUUUGACUAUUGUGAGGAGUCUCUCUUUUGAGCUAAACCAUCCUUUUUGAAUGUUGAACUCCAGCUACCAAAAUGAUCCAAAUCAAGGCCCAA